GUCCUUCAAACUUUAAAAGCAAAAGAAACCCUAUAGCUUGAUAAGGAAGAUCGUAAGGCAACAAUUUGAACUAAAUGAUGUUCAAAUUUCGCAGGCUCCCCUCAACCUUGUUCCUGUUAUUCAUCAUCGUUGUUUUCUUCUCUUACUUGGUCAAAUCCCGCAUCUUCAUCUACUAUGGAUGUUCUGAAGAAAAGUUCAAGCCAAAUACCCCUUUCGAAACCAACCUUAACUCUCUACUAUCCUUAUUCGUUUCAUCGUCAUCUCAAGGCUUAUACAACAGUUUUGCCAUUGGAAAUGAUACAGACACCUCUUCAGAGUCUCCAAUUUACGGAUUGUACCAAUGUCGAGGUGAUUUAAGGACACCAGAUUGCACAAAAUGCAUCGAAGGCGCCGUUUCCCAAGUGGGGUUAGCAUGUCCUUACUCAUACAGUGGUAGUUUACAGUUAGAUAAGUGUUUAGUGAGAUUUGAGCAUUUUGAUUUCCUCGGUAAGUUGGAUACCGACCUAAGGUUCAAAAAGUGUAGCACCAGUGUGAGUCAUGAUAUGCAAUUUCUUAAGCGUCGUGAUGAGGUACUCGUUGAGUUGGGUGAAACUAAUCAGGGGUUUAGGAUUAGUAGCUCGAGUUCGAUUGAAGGAUUUUCACAAUGCUUAGGGGAUUUGAGUCCAGACGAUUGCAAUUCUUGUCUUGGUGAGGCUAUCACAAAGUUAAAAAAUUUAUGUGGAUCAUCUGAGGCAGGGGAUGUUUUCUUGGCUCAAUGUUACAUGCGAUAUUGGAUAUCUGGCUACCAUGAUUCACCUUCAGAGUCAUCUGGAGGCGACGAUGUGGGAAAAACAAUAGCCAUAGUUAUUGGUGUCGUGGCAGGCCUUACGGCUUUUAUCGUUCUUAUUUCCUUUUGUCGAAGAUCACCUGGGUAAUUAUGUUAUACCUACCAAGUAGGAGGGACGCGAUCUCGGGCUGGUGCAAAUGAAUUUGAAGGAAUCGUUGAUGGCACCAUGGUUUUACUGUCGAUACUACAAACGAAAUCAAAGUUUUCUUGAAAUUUAGAAAUUAUUGUAACAAUUUACGAACAGUAUUUUGAGGAGAAAGGAUAGAUAAGAUUUGUAUGACGAUCGACCUUUAGAUGAUAAUUUUCAUGAAUUUAUACCA